AUAAUCCGCACACUCUAAAGGAGACCGCGGUCCAAGAAGUUACUUAUGAAAGUCCGAGAAGUGCGGCAGGCGGUCGUCGGUUUCUUGAAUUAUUAAAAACCUCGAGGAGGCACGGAUAUCGAGGAAGGUUGUUCUUCGCGCUCCUCACGACCUUCACUUGUUUUUCGCGCGUUCGGCGAAUCAUAUCUCACGUACCUACGCGCAUAUUUUUAGCGCUUUUUUCGAACGCAAUUCGGUUCGUUGAUGUUGAAAUUCUACCGGAUAUUUUAGAGUGUCAAGUGUUUUUUUUUCUUGGGAUUUUUAUCGAUGGUUGCGACUUUGAGUGACUUAACUAACUGGCAGUGGAAAAUCUAGAAGAACUGGAAAAAAUAAGAAAAUGUAACCACAUCUGAGGUAACCAAGAGAUGUCUCUGAAGGUGUUUGCAUUGGCAUGGAUUGGUAUCGUGGCAGGAUUUUCGCAGACACCUUUCCCACCUCUUACCAUUACACGGCAAAAUAAUGGAGAUCUUAUCACCCUUCCAAAUCCCAAUCAUGUGUGCAACGAUGAUUUUUGUAUCGGUCUCACAAGUGGUACAGGAAGUUUUGACAAGAGUGAUAACAAGGGAUGUACAUGCCAGUGCCAUAGUUAUUUACCAGCAUUCAGAGAAGAUCUCAAUAUUUGCGUGGAUGACAUUCAAGAAACUUCGUUGGCACCGUUUGUUGGAGGUUCCACAUCUCAACUGAUACCAUUUGUGUUUUUACCUCUAAAAGGACAAUUGAUUUAUCCAAGUAAAGAAAUUGGUUUUACAGGCUUAGAUACGCCAGUAUGUGUGGUGUCAAAAGCCAAAUUUUUGACCACAAGAGGUUGGAUGGAUCUCAGAAAUCCCAUCAACAGUGAUGUACCAUUCCGUUUAUACAGAGAUGAGGGGCGAAGUUUUCUACAGUGGGAUGGAGAAGCAGACUUAAGACUGAGGCUUUCUGGCCGCAUGAUAUUAGUUUAUUUUAAAUGUAGAGAAGCAACUGAAAGCCAAACUCCAAAUGCAAAAAUUUCAUCACCAUCUGUAGCGUUUAGAGUAGUUGGUACGCCUGAGAAUAACUUGAACCCUUACAAUAUAAGUGAAGUAUCAUUUAUGUCUAAUGCCCAGACAUCAGUAGAUAAUGGAGGUAGUUUAACCAUCUCAGAGUACGUCGCUAUUGGAGUCUGCUCAAUACUUUUAGGAUUGAUCUAUGUUGCCUCCGUAUUCCUCUAUUUGCACAUUAGAAAGAGGAACCGAAUGAAAUCCACAAGCAAAUCAAAAGAUAAUCUUAAUCACGAUCCUCAUUCUAUGGCGGAAGAAGGAAUAAUAAAGAAUAACCCACUGUUAGGAUUGUCUGCUCAUUUUCAACCACCAGGCAGUGAAGGUACCAGAAGUGACGACGAAGGGCACUCUGAUAUUAUGUGUCCUGAAGAAAGAAUAAUUCAUUCACAGCUAGCAUCAGUAAUCAUCCAUCCUCAGCAAACAUUCCCGAAAUUGAGGUCAAAUCAUAACGAAUUUACUAUUCAAGAAACUUCCUCCAUUGAACGAUUACCCGAGGAGAAUGUUUCGAUUGUUGAAACAUUGGAAGGGAGGGAAGAUAAGUCUGAUGACUCUAGGACACCAAACGGAUCAAUGAGAAAAAAACUUUAUUUCAAUCCCGCAUAUUUUGAACCUCAUCUCCUCGUGGCUCCUCCACCGGCAGCCAUAGAAUUUCUGCAGAAGAUAAGAGAGGUUAUCUCGAUUGCUAAACAGAAAAUGGAAGCGAAAAGAUUUGUACCUUCUUUGUUAGGAAUCCCAGAAGAAGAUUAUGGCAUGAGUGUUCAUUCAUAUGAUUUCAAUCCCCCUAGUAGGGCGGGAAGUAUAAUAAGUUUAAAAAGAGAAAAUAGCAGAAGAAAAUCUUGCACUGGAUGUCCAGGAUGUCAAUCCAAUAAUUCACGACCUAAACUUUCAGAGCAUCCGAUAGUAACGUCUUGCAGCAAUUGUUUAGUUCUAACGCAAGAUACGAAGCAGAGGAAUAUAAGGAAAUGGUUGGAAGAUAUACCAACGAUCAAAAAUUCGGAAGUCUCCCCUCAACAAAACCAGACAGUUUCAAUAAUGAGUCCUAAACGAAUACGCUCUCCUUCGAGAAAUAACCCAUCCCUACAAUCUGCUAGACCAAUAACACGUUCUGUUAGCAAGAAAGAAAUGAGAAGAGUUAGUUUGAAGGAUAAACAAUCUCCAACCAGAUCCCUCUCACCAGACUUUGGCAGCUCUAAAACACCUAUGUCUCCCCAUUUAUCACCAGAUAAAGCUUCAGAAAGUGAUUGUUCAGGUUCUGAAACCUAUACUAAGACGAGAACGAGAAGACGCCAAAGUAGUAAAAUAAAAAAACCUAAAAUGCCACCGCCUCUACCACCUAGUGGAUGUAAAUCUGCUACAGAAUGCAUAGAAAAUAUUUAUGAUACCGUUGCCAAUGAAAACGGUAAGCCUAUUUUAGGGGAAAAACUUAACAUUCCACGUGAUACAAAGAUUCCAACAAUCACUAAGAAAAAUAUGAAUGCUGUUAUAGAAGAAUUUGCAGUUUCCAAUGGUAUCAAUAAAAGGUUAAGUAAUGUUCACACGGAUUACGAGGCUGAUAGCUUGGAAAGACCAUUUAAAAGGGGUGUCACGCCAACGGAUUAUACAGACUUGUCGUCUUCUCAACCAAGUCCAAGUUUGAGUUCAGCAUUACCUUUGGAUGAGGAAAUGACUAUGAGGAAUGCUGUAAUAAGUACUACAACAGGAAAUAGAUCGGCUUCGAAAUUGCCAUCGGGUAAUAGUAACAGUGCUUCAGAUACUGAAAAUGAAUAUGAACUAAUAGUUCUGAGGAAAGGUAAUAAUUUGUAUAAGCUCCCAGAAAUAUUACAGAGGAACAAAGGUUACAGUCUAGUGAGUGAAGUUUAUGUAAAUAACGGUUAUAACUAUAAUAGUUCUCCUUCAUCACCAAGCGAUUCCAACAGUUCAACUAUGGAUAAACGUGAACUGAAAGUAUGUUAUGGUUUGGAAAAUCAACCAGGAAAACUGAUGAUUGAAGUUGAGGAUUGCCUUGAUAAUUAUAUUCCUGUGAAUGACUCUGAUAGUUUUGAACCGGAUACUUUGGAUAGAAAACCUUCGAAAAAAUACGACAGAUCUACAGAAACAUACGUUGAUUCUUUAGAACGACCGCAACAGAUUCUACUGAGAACAACAGGGAGUUUCAGGAAGGACAAUACCAUUAAUCAAACGUUGAAUACUUUCAAUCGAAAUUUUGGAAGUUUGAGAGAGAUCUAUGAGGCAAGGACUAGAGGAAAGGCCGCUGAGAAUUUGUUCAGGAUAAGAACUGAGGAAGAAAAGUUGUUGACUCUAGAAGAGAGACAUAGCAGAAGACAGAGACAAACUGUACAACCUGAUGUUAUACCACCUCCCCCUCAUGAUAACACCCCCGUUUAUGAUUAUCCGAAGCCUCCUCGCAAAUUACUACUAUCUGAUAGCUUGACAAACAAGCCUCCGUUACCGCCAAAAAACGGGAAGAACAGGAGUGCCAAUUCCAAAACAUCCGAUAAGAAGCCAAGCUCUGUUGGUAUUCCUGAUAAAACGGUAGAUUUGAUUAUGGUCAAAUCCGAACAAUGCGAUAUAACAAAUAAAAGACUCUUGUCUAGUUCAGAUCCCCUCAUUCUGAAACGAGAAACUGGUGAACCUAUGACGAACCUGCAGUCAAGGAUAGACACAGAGUUGAAAAAAAAUUGGUUGGAAAAUGAACGGAAUGCAAAAAAUAGAAAUAAGAAUGAAAAAACCAACACUGAAGCUUUGAUGGUAACUUCCAAAAAGUCAACGAAUGUGAAGAGAGCUUGGCAAAAGUAUGUGGAUUCCACAGGAAGAGGAAAAACAGAAGAUUCAGGUUACCUCAGUACAGAUUCAAAUGAGUCCAGAGCCGUAUCCGCUACUAGUAGAACAGGAAGUCAAAAUGAUAGAGGGAGCGAAACAGAUGAGAGUCUUGGAGAUGGACAUAGCGAGUCUGGGGGUGAAAGCAUAGAAACUCAUUCCGUUUUUUUCGGACGUUUCCGAAAAUCUGACUACCUAACUAUCUCCUUAGACAGUGGUGUAGAUACCGAUCAAAAAUCGAGAGACACAAGUUUCGCCAUUGUGGAUGAUAUAAAUCUACAUAGUAGCGAUUCAGAGCAUGCCAGUUAUGCCACUGUAGUUCCUUUAGAGAGUACAAGUACCAUAACAUCUAAUUAAGAGAUUUUCGCAAAUUAGGUAUAUUUACAGUAAGAGAGUGCAAUAUUUUAUAACUUAAAUCUAGUUCUUUUGUGCAAUAAUGUUUUAUAUUUUUCUAGUUAUAAUUAGAGAAUUAUAUAAGUAGACGAGGUCUAACGAUUCUUGGAAUUCAGAUUAAUUCAGAGACGAAUCAACUGAAAAAAAAAUAUAUUUUUGAUGUAAUUGCUCCAAGGGACAAAUAAUUAAUUAUUUUGUGAGUCAUGUUGGAACUUCCUUGAUUAGAUACUGACUGAUUUAAAUCCGUUCUACCGAAUGUUUCAAGUUUGUGUAUUACUACACAAAAAUACAUUGAAUAAUUUAGAAGAGCAGUCAUCAAUAUACAUAAACGAUAUGAUAUAAUUGAUAUAUUUUAGAUUAUAAUUGAGCACGAAAUUAUAUUGAAAGUCAUAUUUUCAUAUCAAUUUCCAUCACACAAAGAUAGGAACCAAAAUUUUUUUAAGAUUUGCGAAGUGAUUGAAAUGUGUACAAUUUUAUGAUUAAAAUCAUAAAUUGUGCUCGUUGUUCAGCCAAAGUUGAUUUCUAUCACUUAAAGAGAUACAUGAAGAGUUUUUUGAAUGAGGACAAUUUUUUUUCAAUAUUUAUCAACUGUAAAUGAAAGAGAACGUUAAAACAUUCCUAGAGUCAAUAGUCAUUAAAAAAGAUACUAAAGGACUCUGUUAGUGAAUUCCAUGAAGUUAGAUUCUCAUUUCUUUGUGAUAAAUUCCUUGGCCGGAAGUGCAAUAUUAGAUUUUAAGAUAGAAUAUAAAUAUUUAUCAUAAGAAAUAGUUGAAAGAUUCCUGAGAACUUCGAUGGAACAAGUUAUUAGCUGGAUUUCUUUGCUAUAUUAGUGUUUCCAUUGGAAAUGUUCACUAGUCGACAAAAUUUGAUUUGAAUUUUCAAUAAAAUUUUGCUUUGGAGGGAGAUGUUCUAAAACAAUCAGAAGAUAAUUUCAGGUGUUUCUCAACGUAGCCAGAAUGAUCAGAAAAAUUCAAUAACCAUAACCUGGUCUUUCAAGUGAACACAUAAUGGGAAUGAUGCUUUGGAAUAGUAAUUUUUCAAUGAGGUUUCACUGGAAUAAGUCUCCAUAGUAGCAUAAGAAGAAUAAGUCUUCAUUCCAGUAUAAACUGGAACUGAAAAAUUACUAUAUCAAAAUUCUGAAAUAUUAUAUUAUUAUACAAGGUGCGGCAUUUAUCUUCAGACAGUAAAUCAUUUAAAAAACAAUGUAGUUAAGAAAAAAUUAUCAUCAACGUUUUUUUUAACCCUGACUUUGACUUCAAGGUUAUUUAAAAUUGACUUUUUUUUUAACGGAAAGGUAUAUUUUUCAAUGCAGAAUCUUAUUGUUGAUAAAAAAAGAAAUAUGUAGUAAUAUUGAACUAAAUUAAAAAACCUAUUCAUUUUGUUUCCCCCUGAUACCUAACAUUUUUUGAAUCCCAUAGUUUUUGAGAUAAUUUACUGACUCAAGUUGAAUGCCCCAUCCCUUUUAUCAGAAAAUUUGCAAUCCCUUCGACUUUGGUUUAUUUUUUUAGGGAUGAAACUGAAAACAAGUAGCUAUGUUCGAUCUCUAGUCUAUAAUGCCUUUUUUGAACACAUCCAGUGGAAUAUACUCCACGCAGUCGUACUUUUGUCUUAGUGAAAGAAUAUUACGGCUAUCUUGCCAAAUACUCACUUUAAGAUUAUAUACAAUCGAAAUCACUGUGCAAUAUUCACGUACUCAGAGUUUUGGAACGAUUUUUACUCUAUGAGUGAACAAUAUAAUAUAAAUGGACUAAGGAUAAGAAGUAUUUAUUGUGAUUUUAGUGCAAUGUUUUUCAUUUAUUUCAUAUUAUGUUUUUUGUAUUAUCAUUUUUAUUUUGUUUUUGUGUAUUCUGUUAUAUAUUUUAUUAUUUAUUUGUAAGGAUACGAGUGCAAUAUUUUAAUUUGAUGUAUAUAUUUUCGAAAAACACACCUCUCAACUCUUAGCUCAAUUAUCUAAGAUUAGUUCGAAAACCCAUUUUUCUGAACUUAUUUUUUAAAGAAUUUUGAUGUAUCUAUAACAUUUGAAUGCGACGCUGAAUUUCUCCAUCGGGAAUGAGUUUAAAGUAUGUAAGUUUGGGAUGAAAGGUACGUUUCGACAGAAACAUUUGAAAAGGCUUAAAAUCACAGUUUUUCUGCGAUUCGCUAGCUGUAAAUAUUUGUGUUUCAAGAUGCAGCAAUUAGUCUCUAUUUCAUUCGGAAUUUGAUGGUAUCUGGAAUUCUGCAAUUCUUCACUUAUUCUUCACAAAUGCUUGAAAAUUCGAAGAGAUCGUUCCAUGUAUCAUUUUUUGUUUUUGAUACUUGAAAAGUUAUUGUAGAACUUGGAUGACACAAAAUUCAGAAUCCGAAUGAAUCAUCACUAGUCUGCAACGCGAAAGCUUCAAGGUACCUGUGCGACAGAUAUUUUAAGGGGUUGGAGCAUAAAAAAAUGAAGGGAAUGGAGGUGGAGGCUCUUUUUAUUCUGUGAAUUGUAAAUAAAGGGUUUAAAUAAUUUCCA